UCGGGCUGAUUUCUGCCGAAUCCCACCCUGGUCCUCUGAUCAAUAGUUAGCCCAACCACUUGGGGUUUGGUUUCUCAAACUGCAUCAGGUGCAAUAGUGAGACGACCUCAGAGGUCACAAUACCGUGGUUGCCAUGAUGGAGGACGAAGAACGUGUAAAAGAUGGUUUGGAGGGCCUCAGUGUCCAAAAUGGCGCCCCGGCGCCAUUGGAAGAUACCGUUGCUGAAGUCAAGGAGAGGGAUAGCGUACCAUCCAGCUCUGAUCGAAGCAAGGAGUCGCGAUCACAUUCCCCAAGCGCGUCCCCCGAAGACCGGAAAGAACGCAGCGACAGCGUCUCAACCCCCGACAUAGGUCAACACCCUAAACCAUCACGAAAAGCAUCACAGAAAAUGGCUCCACGGCCGGUAGCUCUGUUCGACGACUUGCCCGAUGUGACUGAAGAAUCCUGCGAUCAUUUCCAGAUUAUACCGCACUGCGUCUAUGGUGCGAAGGCGCUCGGCUACACUGAGCACGAUACUCUGGAUUGCGACUGCAGCGAAGAAUGGCGUGAUGGCAUGAACCAUGCGUGCGGUGAAGAUUCGGACUGCAUCAACCGCGUCACCAAGAUGGAAUGUGUUGACAAGAAGUGCAACUGUGGCGACGGCUGCCAAAAUCAACGAUUUCAGCGAAGACAAUAUGCCGACGUCUCAGUCAUUAAGACAGAGAAGAAAGGCUUUGGACUCCGAGCAAACAGAGAUUUGCAAGCCAACGACUUUAUCUUUGAAUACAUCGGCGAAGUCAUAAAUGAGCCGACAUUCCGACGGCGGAUGAUCCAAUAUGACAAGGAAGGCAUCAAACACUUCUAUUUUAUGUCACUAACUAAGCAUGAGUUUGUUGAUGCCACCAAAAAGGGCAAUUUGGGACGGUUUUGCAACCAUUCCUGCAAUCCCAACUGCUAUGUGGACAAAUGGGUGGUGGAAAACAAGCUUCGCAUGGGCAUUUUUGCAGGCCGUAAAAUCCAGGCUGGUGAGGAGCUGGUGUUCAACUACAAUGUUGACCGUUACGGUGCCGACCCGCAGCCCUGCUAUUGUGGCGAGUCCAACUGCAUAGGCUUCAUUGGAGGCAAAACCCAGACCGAACGCGCAACUAAGCUGUCUGAUGCUACCAUUGAAGCUCUUGGAAUUGACGAUGGCGAUAGUUGGGACACAACGAUUGCCGUGGUGGCCAAGAAGCCCCGCAAGAAAAAGGCCGGCGAGGAUGAUGAAGAAUAUGUCAACAGCGUACAAGCCCGUGGUCUCGACGAAAAGGGCGUUCAGAAAGUCAUGGCCACGCUCAUGCAGUGCAAGGAAAAGUGGAUUGCCGUCAAGCUCUUGGAGCGCAUUCAAACAUGCGACGAGCGCUUACUCCCCUAUGUCAUGCGGAUGCACGGAUACGAAUUUCUCAAAACCACACUGAACAAAUUCAAGGAGGACUACAACGUGGUGCUUCAAGUCCUCGAUAUCCUCUACAAAUUUCCCCGCUUAACGAGAAACAAAAUCGACUCUUCACAGAUUGAGCUUGCAGUUCGCCCCUUGGCCGACUCGGAGCACGAAGAUGUUGCUGAGGUGUCUCGCAAAUUGCUUGACGAAUGGAGCAAGCUAGCGGUCGGCUACCGAAUCUCCCGCUUUGCCCCAGGCAAAGCCACUACACAACCCUCUAACUGGUUUGAGGACCGCAGAGGCACCCGCCCCGAAGAGUCUUUAAUCAAGCCUGUCGCUUCUGUUCCUCUGCCCGAUAAUGUCCCCAAAGGUCCACGCAGUAGCAUUCCGCAGCGCAAUGCCACUUUGUUAAACACCCAACGACAACGCCGACCACCGGAUCCUUCGACUCUCCCAGCGGGCUGGUUCAUAGCUACUGACAAGACAGGCAGUUGGUAUUACUACACCAAGGGAGGCGCUACACAAUGGCAAAAGCCCACGAUGCCUGCUCCCGAUGCAGGCACCUCAAAAGGCCCAUCCAAAGCAAUGCAGGAACAGAAGACACUCCAAGAUAUUAUCGAUUCUCUCACCAAGCCUGACAGCGCUAAUGCACUGAGGACCUCUGCGUCGCAGACCCCCCAGCACAUCAGCACUCCCGUACAGGAGCCAAAGAAGGAAAAGUGGCGUUCUCUGCCGAUUGACAAGCAGAUGAAGAUCUACGAGAACACUCUUUAUCCCGCCGUGAAGUAUGUUGUAGACAAAUUCCGGCAUAAGCUUCCAAAAGAGGACUUGAAAAAGUUCGCUAAGGACAUUAACAAGAAACUCGUCUCCUCAGACUACAAGAACAAGCGUGUCGAAGACCCGACCAAGAUUUCCUCGAAACAGGAAAAGAAGGUGAAGAAGUAUGUCAAAGAGUUUUUCGACAAGGCUGUGACAAAGUACAAUGCACAUGAGAAGAAGAAGGCCGAACGAGUUGCAAGGGAUGCAUCAAGUGGUCCCCUCGGCUCAAAUGCUGCAGUUGAUUUGUCCAUGGUACAGGAUGAUACUGAGGUCAUCUUGACGGACGAUGAGGAUAUAAACUCAACCCCCGGCAGUUCCGAUAGAAAACGCAAGCGGGAAGACGAUACUGUCUCGACCAGCGCAACACCAUCCGAGACGCCUUCAAUGAAGCGGCUGAAGGAGGACGAGGGUGAUGUACCUAGUCCACCGCCUCCGCCUCCGCCACCUCCCGAGGUUGGUAGCGCAGUGGAUGGGGAAAUGACUGAACAAGAACAGGCUCUGCUGGCACAAGAAGAGGCUUUGAUACUCGAGAAUGAAGAGGCCCAGCGUGCUGCGGAGGAGUUGCGCGACCAAGAAGCUGCACUUGAACGAGAAAACGAGCUUAACAUGCUCGACUUUGAGAGGGAGCAACAGGACAGCAAGGAGGUGAAUGACAGCAUCAGUGGCGGCGCCAACGGCUCCCUGGGUGCUCACGGAAGUAAUGACGGCAGCGCAGGUGGAAUACAGCACAGUGGUCAAGGCAGAAAGCAGGAGCUAAUGAGCCAUUAGACAUGAGCUCACCUCAACUGAUACCCAUGCCCAACGCAGAGGCAUAUAUCCCUUGCAGGUUUUGGAGAGGGACAGGCAGGGCAGGACUCACAGCGGUGCAGCUGCGGCGAAUGAUGGGAAUAACACCGCCAACCCAUCCCUGAACAUGUCAAGACAUCAUCCACCCUACAUACCAUUGGAACGAAAAAGGGGAACCAGAUUUCCUCCCCGGAUCGUGUGUGUACAAAUACUCUAGCAUAUUGCCCCCUUUUUAUUUUCCCUAAAAGCGAACCCGGCCGUGGCAUGCAUACAGUCAUCUCGUGCUUUGUCAACCAUAGUCUGUGGAGUACUAUAUCACUAUUCUUUUUUCUGUAUUAAACAAAUGGCAAAUGGAUUUGCAUGGGGACACAGCGAAGUCAUUUGAUGAGUUGCUCUAAGUUACGCAUACUGCGCGCAUCGCAUGUUU